UCCCUGGAGUGCCAGAGUCACCGUGAUUUCUUCCGGGUUCCUGUCUCGGUUUGUUUUGUUUGGGUGUAUCGGCGGACAGCGCAACAUGACAGAAAGUCACUCUCGGCGACUGUGAUAACCGCUUUUUCUUCCACUUUUCCCACAAAAUAAGAUGUCUUCUGGAGUUUUACACGUCGCUGUAUUUCGGUAACCUCUGAUUAGUGACUUUAAGGUGAUUUCAUCCAGACCUGAGACACCUGUUGCGCCAGUUUCGACAGACAGGUGCCACUUUGUCCGUCUCCAACACCGGGAGAAGCUCCGGGUCGAGAGAUUACCGAAACUUGGAUUACUUCAUUAACUAUUUUAAAUUAAUUAUUAUUAUUUUUUCUGAACUUGUUGCUAUAAUGAAAGUUACGGUAACUUUCGGGGACACCUCUGUGGUGGUUCCCUGCAAAGCUGGGUGGACAGUCCGGGAUUUAAUCGAACAAGCUACGCGGAGGUACCGCAGGAUUUUGGAGCAGCGUGGAGAGACUGCCGUGCAGACCCACCACUUGGAGUAUAUGGAGGGAGGCAUCCUGGACAUGGAUGACCUGCUGAGCGAUCUAGUGGAAGACAGAGACAAGCUGGUGGCAGUGUUUAACAAACCCCAGCAUGUGAGGACGGAAAGCCCCAGAGAGAGCGUGUCUAACAGCUCGUCCAGUGCUGCCCCGAGUCCAGAGCCCUUCACCUACUACCCCCACCUGCAGUACCAGGAUGAAGACAGAGGAGAGAUCGAAGUGAACGAGGCCGUCCUCAAAGCCAAUACACCUCUAAUGGUGAGGAGCAGCAGCGACUCUGCGUUGGCCCCGCCCCUUGAGAUGACACCCACACCUCCACCUGAUAAGCAAAGCAACGGGUCUCUUAAACCGGAAACCAGCAAUGUACUGAAAGGAGCUCUGGACCGACUUGCAGAAGACCCCCCUGCCAAGAUGAGCAAGAUUAUCUUCAGUAGUCUGACGAGGACAGUCAAGUUCCCUGGUGACCGUGGGCCCCUGGGUAUACACGUGGUCCCGUACUGCUCCUCGCUCAAUGGACGACCCCUUGGCCUCCACAUUAAAGGCAUCGAGGAAAACAGUCGGUCCAAGAAGGAGAAUCUCUUCAAGGAGGACGAGUGCAUCGUCCAAAUCAAUGACACACCACUGCAGGACAAGACCUUUGCACAGUCCCAGGAAGUGUUCCGCCAAGCUAUGGGCUCGCCUUCAGUGCAUGUGGAGGUUCUACCUGUAGCCAACAAGUCACGCUAUGAGAAAAGCUUCAUAGGUCAGCUUUUCACCAGCGACAGCAAAGACUCGUCUACCAAAGGCAGUCCAGUGGUGACGCGCACUACAGCCGACCCCAAGCCAGAACUCAAACCGGAACCCAAACCGGAACUCAAACCGGAACCCAAACCGGAACCUAAAAUGAACACCAGGACAGAUAUGAGGCGACCAAACGCAGACACGAAGACCCCAGAGCCAACUCUGGUAAACUCACUACCAGUGGAGUCUGUUCAGUCUGUGCACGGCUCUUUAGAGAGAGCAUCUCCCACUUCCACAGCAAGGGCUGCGAGCUCGUCUCCGACAACUUGGCCCCGCAGUGAGAGCCCGCUGGCCAGUAGGAGUCCUGCUGCGGCCAACAUGUCCAACCUCACAGGAAGGAAGGGUGGCAAGAAGAUGAAAAUUGACUUGAAGAAAGGCUCUGAGGGUCUGGGUUUCACCGUGGUAACAAGGGAUUCGUCCGUCCAAGGGCCGGGGCCCAUCUUGGUGAAGAGCAUUUUGUCGCGGGGUGCAGCAGUGAAGGAUGGACGCCUACAGCCAGGAGACCGCAUCCUGGAGGUAAACGGAGUAGACAUGACAGGCCGUAGCCAGGAGGAGCUGGUGGCCAUGCUGCGCAGCACCAAGCAGGGAGAGAGCGUGUCUCUGGUGGUGGCUCGGCAGGAGGACAUGUUCCUGCCUAGGGAACUGAAAGGGGAGGACUUGAGCGGUCGGGUGAUGGAGGAUGGGAGGGAGCAGCUGAUGUACGAGAUCCCGCUCAAUGAAACGGGCUCGGCCGGCCUGGGGGUCAGCCUUAAGGGGAACAAGUCCAGGGAGACCGGAGAGGACCUGGGAAUCUUCAUCAAGUCAAUCAUUCAUGGAGGGGCUGCUUAUAAGGUUUGCAAAGUUGCAUGUGAGGAAACCACAAGACUCAAAGUACUGAUGGAAAAGAGGAGGCAGAGAGGAUCGACUGCUAAUUGGAAGGAUGGCCGUUUGUGUAUAAACGAUCAGAUGAUAGCGGUGAACGGCGAAUCGCUGCUCGGGCGCUCCAACAACGCCGCCAUGGAGGCCCUGAGGCGGUCCAUGUCGUCGGAAGGAAACACCAGAGGCACCAUCCAGGUGGUUGUUCUGCGAACGCCCAAGCAGAUGGGGAAUGCCAACUCCACUUCAAAUAUCUCCACCAACCAUCAACCCAACAUUCAAGCCAGCUCCAGCAAUCAGGAUGUUCGAAGCCACGAUUCAUACCAGAGACCUUCAGGACCCACCAGAGCGCCGAACACAGAGUCCACCAUGAAUGGUGCGAGUCACACUCCAGCUACGCCGAACAACUACACACACAGCAAAUCUGGAAGUGCUCCAUCUCCUGCUGCGAUCGCCAAUGACAGCUAUGGUCACUACGGCAACAACGACGAGCAGCAAGACUUCCCCCCGCCGCCCUCCCUGGCACCGUGGAGGAAAUGAACAGAGAGUUUCUGCUAAACCCAUCAUCCAACAGUGAGAUUCAGAAGGUGUCUCGCGCCGCUCAAGCUUUCUACGCAGAAAACGCUAAGGACAACGUACCUCGCAACAGAGCGUCCAAGAGCAUGGACAUGGG